CCCCGAAACGAAACGCGCCUCCGCAGCAGAAGCGAGGGAGGGAUCCCCACCCAUUUCGAUUUUCAAAAAGGCGAGGAGGAGCCGCACCGCCGCCUUCCCGCCGCCGCCGACGACGAGAGAGGAGAGGAGAGGAGAGGCCCCCUCCUCCUCCCCGAACCCAAUGGUGUCCGACCAGGAGCUGGCCAACUACGUGGAGUCCCUCGUCCGCCAGACCGCGAGCCGCGGCGGCGUCGGGAUAUCGGCCGACGCUGUGGUGCGGCAGCUCGGGGCGCAGCUCGGCGUCGACCUCUCCCCCAAGGCGCAGCUCAUUCGCGACAUCCUCGUCGCGCUCCUCGGCCCGGCGGCCUCGGCUCCGGCUCCGGAGCCCGCCUCGCGGAAAGACCCAUUUGACCCUGACCCUGCCGCCGGCACCGCUGCUUCUGCGCAGCUGCCCUUCUCCCCCUCCGCCGCGGCGUCCGUCUCCGCGCCCGCCGUGCCCCACUUCUUCCCGCAGCAGAUGCAGUCCUACCUCUCCGCCACGCCGCCGUACCAGCAGCACCGCCCCAGCGCCCCCGCCUCGCCGUUCGACGUCCCCGUGUCGUUACGCUACGCGCAGCAGCCGUUCUCGCAGCUCAGCGAGGCGCAGCUGCGGGGGAUGGCUUAUCUCCAGCAGCACCGGCAGCAGUACGAGCAGAUGGCCGCGACGGCGACGGCGACGGCGGCUGCUGCAGCUGCAACCGCAGUUACUCCGGUGGAGAGUCCCCGUGCGGCGGCAGCCCCGGCCGUCUCCAAGAAGGACAGCAGUACUAGUACUGGAGUAAAACGAAAAGGUGGUUCAGGAGGGUUAAACAAAGUCUGUGGUGUGUCGCCAGAGCUGCAAGCUAUUGUUGGUGAACCAACCAUGGCAAGAACCGAGAUUGUUAAGCAGCUUUGGGCAUACAUUCGAAGGAACAACUUGCAGGAUCCUAAUAAUAAGAGAAAGAUCAUAUGCAAUGAGGAGCUACGAUUAGUUUUUGAGACUGAUUCCACUGACAUGUUCAAGAUGAACAAGCUUUUAGCUAAGCAUAUACUUCCUCUUGAGACUACAAAAGAUUCGAAGAAAUUGAAACCUGCGGGCAGUGAACCUAUUUCUCCUGUUGAAACUGAUGCUAACCAACUUCCAAUUACCAUGUCUGAUGCUCUUACAAGCUUUUUUGGGACUGGAGAAAGAGAGAUGCCCCAUUCUGAGGCCGUCAAGCGUGUGUGGGACCACAUUAAAAGCAAUAAUUUAGAGGAUCCAGCGAAUCCAACAGUGAUAUUAUGUGACUUAAAACUUAAACAGCUCUUUGGAUGUGAAAGUCUAACUGCUCUUGGUGUUUCAGAGUUGCUGUCACACCACCUUUUCAAGCAACAUAACAAGGUCUAACUGAUGAAUGGUCUACUGGACUCUAGUUGGUCUAACAUCCUGGUAGUAGGCACUCAAGAGAUGACACAAAUUUGUUGAAAGUGUUUCUUGUAUCUUUGUGACUGACUUACCUGUGGAAAAGGCUGUAGGCUAAUCUCAAUCUCUUCACAGUAGUGAGGAAAAGGGAUGACAGUUGUUGCAUAUUGUCUAGCCUGAUCUUGUUGAAAAGGGUCAGAAGUAGUAGUGUAUCCGAAUUUCAUGUUUGUUAAAUAGAAAGCAGUCCUGAAGCAACAGUUAAAAAGACAGUGGGAGCUGAUGAGCUUUGCCUGAUGUGAAUUCAGCAACCAUAAUCAUAGGUGCAGUUUGUGGUAAGAAGUUGCUUUCUCUUUUGCUGCCUGAAAGCCUCUUACAUUGCUAGGGCUCUUGUUGAGGGUUGAGACAUCUGUACCCCCAUAUUAUGUUGUAGGUCAUACCUAAUUUAUACAGUUUAGAUCGUUAUCAGAAUGUUCCAACUUUUCCUCCCGUUUAAUUUAUACAGUUUCGAUCGUUAUCAGAAUCUUAUCCAAGAAGAAUAGCUGUUUGCAACUAACAACUACUGUGCUCUUGCUUAUAAGCACGAAAGUAUAAUGUUUGACGUGGUAAAGCUUUGUAGUUAUCCUUGUUCAGAAUUCGGUGUUUGCAGUUUUGCAUCGUGUGCUUGAUGAUUUACAAGCUCUUGCCACUGUACAGCAGGAGAUGUCGUGUCUUGCUGUCCUAAACCUACAAGUUCCUGAACAUGGCGUUGAACAGUACCAUGACCACCAGGCCAACGAUGACGCACCAAAUGGUUGAGCUGCUGCUCUUCUCGUCCAGAGUAUCUUCUGGCAGAACCUUGUGCACGAUGGUCGAAAUUACCGCGUCCAAGUUCUGCAGUGUAGCGAAAG